UUCUUGUAUUUUCCAGCUUUCUUUACUCGCAUUCUCAUCUCAGCUCUCUCAGUCGCCAUCCGCCCCCGUCCCAGGUCUCAUUCGCUGUCCAUACCGAUAUUUCUGGAUUUCAAACGGUCAUCUUCUUCUUUCUUUGAGUUUUGUGGCUACUUCUUCCUUUUGCGACCGUGGAUUUUGGGCUUUUAUUGGGUGAUUGCACACCGUCCAGCUCCACCUUUAUCUAUCUCUGUUCUGUCUCCUUAAGAAUCAAGUCGUGUGAUUGUUAGAUUCCCAAUUCCACUCGAACAUCUAUUCGCCAUAUCCGGCCUCAAUUUUUUCGGACCAUAUAGACAAAUGGGAAAUGGGUUUGGGUUAAAAUGGGGAUACUAAGAGGAAAUUAGGAUGAACUUAGAGGAGGAAAACAGAAUCCAGUGAAGACGAUGAAUGUGCAGCAACUGCCGAACAGAGGAAAGAGGGAGGAAGCCUUUAGUUUAUUCUAACAGAACAAAUUCUAUUUCUACACCAACUGUAUUCGGCUGCAGUGCAAGAAUAUUGCACUUAUGGCGUUGUUCGCAUUGCCAUUUCAUUUGGAACCUUGUCUUUAAUAAGCUUUUGCCGCCGUCUCUGCUGGGAAGGCAACAAUGCACAGGGCAAGCUUUCGUUUGGGAUCAAUAGCUGACUCGAUAUAUAGAUUCAAGCCGCACGAACUUGUGCGAAAACAGGAUGCAAGCAAAUUGGUAUUCCAUCGGGCGCUUCUCAUCUCCAAGGGUAGUGAAAUUUGGGGAAAUGGAGCAGAGUCAACUGCAUUCAUGCAAAUACAGAUCGUCGAUGCACUUCGUCUGGGUGAUAGAAGUAAGGCAUCCAACCUGCUUAUGGUUCUUGGCCAGGAAAAGUGCUCUUUAACUGCAGAUAAUUUUGUUCGCAUUUUGAGCUACUGUGCAAAAUCCCCUGAUCCGCUGUUUGUCAUGGAGACUUGGAAAAUAAUGGAAGAAAGAGGAAUUUUUCUAAAUAACACAUGCUCCUUACUUAUGAUAGAAGCACUCUGUAAAGGGGGUUACUUGGAUGAGGCAUUUGGUCUUAUAAAUUUCCUAGCAGAAAGUCAUGUAAUGUUCCCUGUUCUGCCUGUGUACAAUUGUUUCUUGAGAGCCUGUGCCAUAAGACAAAGUACGGUUCAUGCUAGUCAAUGUUUGGAUCUUAUGGAUCACAGAAUGGUUGGGAAGAAUGAAGCUACAUAUUCUGAGCUACUCAAGCUUGCAGUUUGUCAGGAAAACUCGUCUUCUGUGCAUGAAAUCUGGACAGACUUUGUAAAAAACUACAGUCCAAGUGUUUCAUCGCUGAGGAAGUUUAUAUGGUCUUUCGCAAGGCUGGGAGACCUGACAUCUGCAUAUACUGCACUGCAAAAGAUGGUGGCUUUGGCUACUGGAGCCACAGGAAGAAAGUUACAAUCUUUGGACAUUCCUAUACCUUUAAGAACUGAAUUUUAUCAUAAUAAUUUUAAUUUUGAGGAAAAAGAACCCUCUAUUGAUGAGUUCUUCUGUAAGAAAAUGGUCCCCUGGAAUGGUGACGUAGGGGGGAUUUCUGUUAAUGAUAUGAAAUGUGGAGAAACUGGUCCAUUAACUGUGCCAAACAAUCACAGAAGCAGUUUUGUAAGGAAGGUUUUGAGAUGGUCUUCCAAUGAUGUGAUGCGUUCAUGCUCUCUUGCUGGGAACUGUGGUCUUGCAGAGCAGCUAAUGCAACAGAUGCAUAAACUUGGAUUGCAACCGUCAUCCCACACAUUUGAUGGUUUUGUUAGAUCAGUUGUCUCAGAGAGAGGUUUCAGUGCUGGCAUGGAAAUAUUAAAAGUAAUGCAACAGAGGGGAUUGGAGCCAUAUGAUUCAACUCUUGCUGCUGUUUCAGUAAGUUGUAGCAAGGCACUAGAACUUGAUUUGGCUGAAGCUCUACUUGAACGACUUUCAGCUUGUCCUUACCCGUACCCCUUCAAUGCAUUUCUUUCUGCAUGUGGCGUGAUGGAUCAGCCUGAACGUGCCAUGCGUAUGCUUGUUAAAAUGAAACAAAUGAAGGUGGUUCCAGAUGUCAGGACCUAUGAGCUUCUAUAUUCUUUAUUUGGUAAUGUGAAUGCUCCAUAUGAGGAGGGGGACAAAUUGUCACAGGUGGAUGCUGCCAAAAGGAUACGCAUGAUAGAGAUGGAUAUGGGAAAACAUGGGAUACAGUAUAGUCAUUUCUCUAUGAUGAACUUGUUGAAAGCUCUAGGUGCAGAGGGGAUGAAGAAGGAGGUUCUUCAGUAUUUAAAUUUGGCAGAGAACCUCUUCUAUUACAAUAACACUAGUCUGGGGAUGCCUGUUUACAACACGGUGUUGCAUUUUUUGGUUGAUUCCAAGGAAAUUUACAUGGCAAUAGAAUUAUUCAAUAAUAUGAAGAAUUCUGGUUUCUUUCCGGAUGCUGCAACGUUUGAGAUCAUGUUAGACUGUUGUAGUGUGAUGGGAUGCUUGAAAUCAGCUUUUGCUCUUCUCUCCUUGAUGAUUCGCUCAGGGUUUUGUCCACAGAUAUUAACUUAUACGAGCCUAGUAAAGAUUGUGCUGGGAUUUGGGAGAUUUGAUGAUGCCUUGAACCUUUUGGAUCAAGCCAGUUCAGAAGGGAUUGAACUUGAUGUCAUUAUAAUGAAUACAAUCAUGCGGAAAGCUUGUGAAAAGGCAAGGAUCGAUGUUAUUGAGUUUCUCGUUGAGAAGAUGAACCGUGAAAAGAUCCAACCUGACCCUUCAACUUGUCAUAAUGUCUUCUCUGCAUAUGUGAACCUCGGCUAUCACAGCACUGCCAUGGAAGCACUGCAAGUACUGAGCAUGCGUAUGUUAUUAUGCGAAGAAGAUGAUGACUCUGUGACAGAAUAUAUGGAAAACUUUGUGCUUGCAGAAGACACGGGAGCUGAUUCACGUAUUGCGGAAUUCUUCAAAUGCUCUAGAGAGUACCUGGGUUUUGCUCUCUUCAACUUGAGAUGGUGUGCCAUGCUGGGAUAUUCAGUUUGUUGUUCUCCUAAUCAGAGUCCAUGGGCAAUGAGACUUGCAAGUUCCUAUGAUGGCUACAAGAAUCUCAUAAGAUGAACAAAAAUUCUGUUAAAGAACUUCUAAUGAAAUUGGCAAAAUUAUUUUUAUAUAUUGAAAUUAGGUGAGUAUUUAGAAAUUGAAGUCAUUUAGGUUAAAUGAUUUAUAUAUUGUCAAUCAAAUAUUGCCUCAAUCUUUGUGGUGCUUAAAGAACUUCAAAUAAGAUUGAUAAUUAUUUUCUGGGCCA